GUGCCCUGCUCUCUCCCUGCAUCCUUCUUCCCCAGUGAAGUCAAUUUCUCCAAGGCAAUGCACAGACUAAGUAGCACCGCGCCCGCCGUCGUGGCCUGAUUCCAUCACUGCCCUUUAUGGCGCAUCAACUGCAUGCCGAAAUACCCUAGACGUAUAUUUUCCAAGUGGAACUUUCAAUUGGUAGACUAGGACAACUCGCUGAGCGUCGAGCACCCUGACCAAUGCAGAGCCGCCAGCUGGCAGCGGUGGAGUUACGACGGUCUGCAAUGCAGUCUAGGAAGGCCUCGAACCUGUUUUCCCCCUGGAUGGGAGGUUUGCUUCCGUUUUUGGCGCUGGUGGGGCUGGCGACGGCACUUGCGGCGCCUGUCACGGCUACGGAUGGCGAGCGAUGCGACAUCACCGCUGGCGAGUGGCUCUACAGCCCGCGACACGCGCCGCAGUACACGGCGGAGAGCUGCAAGAGCCUGGGACGCGACUUCGCGUGCCAGCGCAACGGGCGGCCGGACUCGGAGUACUUAAAGUACAUCUGGCGUAGCUUCGGGUGCCGUAUAGCGGACUUCAAGCCCCUCUCCUUCCUUACUCUUAUGCGCAACAAGGUGUUCCUUAUAGUGGGGGAUUCCCUCACUAUGAACCUCUUCUCCUCGCUACAGUGCCUCGUCGAAACAGUCACACUCACUCAGGAUUUAAAAGGGCCGUUGUUUCCCGGAGGCCCUGAAACACGUGGGAUUAUCGCGCCUGCGUUUAACGCCACCUUCCUGCGCCACCCAUCCUCGUUCCUCACCAACUCCAAACCCGAUGGUGAGAAGUCCAGUGCAAGCACGUGGACGGUGCAUCUGGAUGAGGUGCACCCUGAUUGGUCACCGCUGCUACAGUACUCCCACUAUGUCCUGUUUGGGACUGGUACCUGGUACACCAUGGCUGAUCUCAAGAAGCGUCGCUACAUGCUCAACAACACACUUCAGCCCGAAAUGGACCGCAUCGUUACAAUGCAAAUUGCUAUAAACACCGUGAUCAAAUUCACCCGGAGCCUCAACUACACUGGGAUGCCCAUGUUCCUAACCUUCACUCCGAUGCAUUACCAUGUGAAGCUGAAUGAGAGCAUGCAAGACGCCAACUGCAGUGUAAUCCAACAGCCCCUGACGGUCCAGCAAAUUGCCAACAUGGAAUGGGCGGUUGACGCGGUGGGAACUCGCAAGGCACAGCUGAAGGUAUUUCAGCAUGCACUUGAGUUCAAAAUCAUAGAUAUAACCACCUUGUCAUUGUAUAGAGCUGAUGGUCAUCUCCAAUCCUACUUCGACAUUAAGGGGGGAAUUGACUGCCUCCAUUGGUGCAUUCCUGGUGUACCAGACACUUGGGCUAACAUCAUAUAUUCCUAUAUGAUGGGCUAUUUAUAGCACUCAUUAUUAAACCUAGAAUUGAAUG